GACCGGGGAGGGGACGCGGUGUCCGGGGAGGGGACGCGGUGUCCGGUCCCGCCCCGCUGCCGGCAGCUCCAGCCCUGCCGAACCUCCACUGCGCCGGUGCCGCUGCCGCGGGCUCCGCGCCGGCGCGGGGGAUGCUCGGAGGAUGCGCCGGGGAUGUACCAGGGAUGCUCGGAGGAUGCGCGGGGGACCCGCAGCGCCCAGCCCGCGCCGUGGUUUCCACAUCCUGCUGAUACAGGAAAUAGGUAGCCGUGGUUAUGGAGUUCUCUUAAGCCAAACAGUGGCAGCAUCGCUUGGAAAGUUUUUCUGCCCCAAAGGCAUCGGCAGCUCAGCUGGAGGGCUGGAGGGAGGACUGUAAGAAGAGCUGAGAAUGAGAUGGACUUACCAUGAAGGACACAAAGCUCUGAGUGAUGAUGAGCUGCAGAUGAACACAGUGUUUGCCUCAGAGGAUGGAUGUGAGUGACACAGGGAGGAAGCAUUCAAAUUACCCCAGAAAGGCCUCAAAGCAGGUGGCUCAAAGCUGCAGCCAGCAGAAGGAGGUGGAGAUGGAUUGCUCCUGCAGUCCUCCUGGAAGCUCUGCUGGACCUGCAGGAAAGCAGGAGCAGUGUGGAGACAAAGAAACCUGUGACACCUACUGCCAGAAACAAGGUGAGAGCCCAGCUGGGGAGUUUGCCCCCUCCAGCACCAGCUUCCCCCGGCAGAGUGAAGAUGAGGAUGCAGAUCACUGUUCCAGGAAACCAGAGGCAAGAACAACGCUCCGUGGGGAUGACAGAAGCGCGGCUCUGGAGGAGCUGCAGCCUGUCCCUGAGGCAGCUCUGCCCUAUCCAUGCAAGAAGUGCGGCAGCUGUUUCCGCAGCGCCGGCGAGCUGCGGGAGCACCGGCGCGCUCACCUGCUGGGCCGCUCCUACCGCUGCCCCACCUGCGCCAAGGGCUUCUCGCGCGCCGCCAACCUGCGCAUGCACCGCCUCAUCCACUCCAGCCGGCGGCCGCACAGGUGCCCCGAGUGCGACAAGGGCUUCAUCCGCACGGCCGACGUCUGGAGGCACCUGCGCAACGUGCACAAGAUCGAGCGCUCCAUGGUGAUCCUGGCCGGCGGCGUGGCCAGGAACCCUUGGUCCGUGGAGCACCGCAGCCAGCACGGUGCCGAGUGCCCGGAUCAGCCUUGUCCUGCGAACCCAAACGCUCGGGAGGAUGACUUCAAACCUUACGCCUGCCCGACGUGCGGCAAAGGAUUCGAUAAGCCCAACCUGCUGUCCAAGCACAAGGUGAUCCACCGGGAGGACAAGCCCUACAAGUGUCAGGAGUGUGGCAUGGCGUUUGUGCAGCUGCUCAGGCUCAAGAGACACCAGCAGACUCACUCUGGGGCACGGCCCUUCUACUGUGAGGAGUGUGGAGGGACCUUCACCCGGCUGGCAUCGCUGCAGCGCCACCACCGCAUCCACACCGGGGAGAAGCCCUACUCCUGUAAUUUCUGUGGCCAUUCCUUCACCGAGUCAGGGACCCUUCGCAGGCACGAGCGCACGCACAAGCUGGACAAACCUUAAUCUGAGGUCUCUGUGGUUGCUUGGUACCUGAAUGACCACAAACCUUAAUUUGAGGUUUCUCUAGUUGCUUGGUACCUGAACGAGGUCUGCUCAGUAGGGCUGGAAAAUCACUCCGUGGUAUGUGCUCUGCCCAGUCCAGAUCCAUUGCCCAGCAGUGCCUGACAAGGAAUGCUGCGUCACAGGGAGCUCUGGAACUUGCACUGGGAAGGAUUGCACUGCCUGGCUUUGAACUGCUUUGUAUGAGAAAAUAACCUAAUUACCCUUGAGUAAUGAAAUGGGAGACUUGAGGAGACUGAAACCACUCACACGUGCUCGCGCUGUCUCUGCUGGACUGAAGAUGCAUCCGCUUGAGCUUUGUGCAGGAUGUGCAAGCAGAGGCUGUGAGAAUUCACUGCAUAAAUCAGUCCUGCCCUCUUGAGUGUGAUGCUUCUUUGACACUGGGUUUGGAGAUCUUUAACUCACUAAGUUAGAAAAGUUCAGAGUUGUCCCUCUAUUCCUUCUUUCCUUGUAUUUUGCUGAGUUUUUCUUUCCGCUGCAUUUCUUUUUAUUUGGAAGGGGAAGUAUCAUGUUGGUUAUUUAAAAAACAAACUCCACUUACAAAUCAGUUCCUUAAUAAACACAACAGUUAUCAGCUGUAUUCCAGAAUGUUUCUAUCUGAGGGAGUACCAAUACUUUAUGCAUUUUGAGUGAUGGGUUGAAUGUCUGUUAUUAAUGGGGAAAGCUUUAUUUUGACUAUGGUGGUGCAUGUUCUUGGGGUGACAUUCAUGUCUCUGAUGGAACCACAGACACUAAAUCUAACCAGCUGAGUAUUGUAGAAGGAAAUGCUUGAGGACUCAAAAUUCAAAGAGCAAAAGACCAAAUUUAAGCCACCUUUGCUACUCCUUGCACAGGAACUUUCUUCAUUUAAAUGUUUUCACACAGGGAAAUUUCCCAUAACAAAAACAUGUUCUUGGUGUGUCCAAGUACUGCCCAAUGUGUCUGUUAAACUCUUCACUUUGAUUUAGAUUCAAAUGGUUAAUGAAGAAAAAUUUCCUUAGGCAUUAGCCUGGCAGCCUUGGGCAGGUGUUGACAAAUACUCCAAGAGGUGUGUAAUGCCUCAGUGCCAGCAGUGGGGUUUUAAUUUUGAAACUUAAUAAUGGCUUUAAUCUACUUUUAACCACUGUGGUAGAAGCAUCCAGUUUGUCCUCAAGUUGCAGCCUGAAUUUCUUUUCCAUGUCAGAAGGUUUUGAUUCUUUGCUUCCUUUUUCCUUACCAGCUGCCAUAAUUUCAUUAAUUUCUUUCUAGGGCUUUCUGGCUUUUCAGUGGAAAGUUGUGCAGCAGAGUGAAGCUAAAGCUCCAGAGUAAUGUACCUUUGCAUUUAUUAACAUGUUAUUUAAUAUAAAGUACUGAUUGUGCUGUUUGUUUCCAUAUUUCAUAGAAUAAGAAGGGGUGUUGGCAGACAGCAAAGGGACAAAGCUGUUCUAGAGGUUAUCAUGCAUUAGGUUUCCACACUCAUUUUCUAAUCCCAUUUUGAAGUUAUCAGCUACAAUCUCUCCUUUUCAUCAUCCCGUUUUUCCUUUGGGUGUGGGAUGCUCCUGCUGUGGGGUGGUUUAAUAUCCAUUUAAACUGCACCACUUAUGCACACCUUAAUGUUGUGUGACAGUUCUGCCUAGGCAGUUAUGGUAAUUGGGAACAUCCAGUUAUUCUGCUUUUUGGUGCUAGCAGUCAGUGGAAUUUGUACCUCUGGCAUAAUGGUGGAAGUGUUUUGAGCAAAGGUCUGUUAUAUGGGAAGAGUAAAUGGUUGGUGAAAUUAAAAGCACCAGGCUUAACUAAAAGGUUAUUAAAAAGACACUUGCCUGGAAGGUUGACUUGCAUAUAAAGUGCUUGGAUGUGUGAAAGGAGUAAUUAAAAUAUGUGAUGGUUUCUGGGAAAAGUGUGUAGAACUCUCCUCAAAGAAACUUCCACCAACUCCUGUGCAAGGUACAGGGAUCCCCAUGGAGCUUAAUUUAACCCAGAUACCAGCACUUCUGCACUUUACAUUUUUCACAUAAAGGUUUGGAAGUAUCUCCCAGGCCCUGACCAUCUCACAGUGUCAGUCAGAGUGGGUGAUAGCCUAGAACAGACACAGCCAGUCAUGACAUGUGGCUGACAUGGGGCAAACAGACCUGCUCUGCAGCAUUAGGGAGGGUUUGAAGGGUUUCAGCAGGAGUAAUUUUUCUUUGUCCAGAGUGGCUAGAAUAUCUGUUAGCUCAUUUGGAUCUGUGGAAGCCACAGAAGAAACAAUUCCUUGGCACUGUGUUCACAGAGCCCUCAUUGCCAGGGCAUUACAGGAAGCCCUUGGACAUAAGCACAGGCUGGAGCCCUCAGCUAGGAUCCCUGAGGAUCCUGAUUUGAUCACUGGAUAGCAUUUGUCAACAGUGGAACACAGAAAUACACUUUGCUUUUUGCUAAUUUCUCUGUUGCCUCCCUACAUCUCUGCCCAACUCAUUUCCAUCCCAGGAAAGUGUUCUCAAGACUAAGAAGGUAGAACAGCACCAGCCCUGAAGAUUCCAGGCCCUCACUGACCUGGAAUCACCAGCCAGUCCUUGGCAGCUGCAGUACUGCUCUCUUAGUUUGUUAACAAUGGUGUUGAUGGUAAAUUAGUUAAUAUUUGUUAACCUUUGCUACCAAAGGUAUUGAUGGUGAAUAUGUCCAUGACUGAGGAGUGUGGAUACAGCACCUUGAAGAAUGGAAAAGCUGCUGUUGUACAAUCUGUGUCCCCCUGCACACCAUCCUCCUCCUCUGGCACUGCCUUCUCCUGGCAUGGAGAAGUCUGAAGCAGGUCUCCCAUGUAAACAGGGAGCACCAAGCAAUCCUUCAUUUGUCAGUUAACCCCAGCAAAGGGCAUUGAUAUCUCUGGAGGAGGCAGCUUUUAUUUCAAGUAAGGCUUCAUCUGCCUCUGACCUUGAAACUCUGACCUGGAGUUUCUGUUGGCACAAGGAGCUCCCAGUGCACUUUUCCUCUUUCCAGACUGAAACCAAGCAGGGGCUGAACUCUCACCAACAGAACAGCACGGGUUUUUUUGCUAGGACAACAAU